ACCAGAAAACCACUUCUGGUGCAGACGACAAACGCAUCCUAGCCAAGCACCCGCCGCGAUCCUUUAUCCCUAGCGAGCCACACAGCAGGCAGGCAGCGCUCGCGGCCACUUCUCACACUCCGAGUGACCAAGCAUCCCCCCUGCACGCGCCCUUCCGCUGAGCUGCCCAAUCCGCAGCAGCAGCAGCAUCCGGCCGGUCGCCAUGAGCGCCGGCGACACGCUGGACAAGCUGGUGGUCUUCCUCGCGAAGCGCGACGGCAUCGACAAGCUGGUCAAGACGUACCAGUACGUGUCCAAGCUCGCGCACUGGGCCGCCGAGUCGUCCCACCCGGACCUCGCGCGGCGCGCCAAGAACUGGGAGACGGCGGCCGGGCUCAGCCGCAAGGUGUUCCGGUCCGGCCGCUCCCUCACGGGCUUCAACACCCUGCGGCGCUCCCCGGGGGAGUUCGGGGCGCUCGCCGUGCUCGCCAACGCCGGCGAGAUGGUCUACUUCUUCUUCGACCACUUCACGUGGCUCUCGCGCGUGGGCGUGCUGGAGCCCUGGCUCGCGCGCCGCAUGAGCUUCGUGUCGGCGUUCGGCGAGUCCGUCGGCUACGUGUUCUUCAUCGCCAUGGACUUCAUCAUGCUCAGGAGGGGGAUCAGGCAGGAGAGGAAGCUGCUCAGGGAGGGCGGCGGCGGCAAGGAGAAGGAGGGCGAGCUGAGCAAGAUCCGGACGGAUCGGGUGAUGCGGCUCAUGGGGACGGCGGCUAACCUCGCCGACCUGGUCAUUGCCAUCGCGGACAUCGAGCCCAACCCGUUCUGCAACCACGCCGUCACCUUGGGGAUUAGUGGGCUCGUUUCCGCGUGGGCCGGAUGGUACAGAAACUGGCCGUCGUGAGACGGGCCGAAUAGGCAUUUCCGUCACCAUUCUGUACGUACGCUUACUGCGUUAAUUAUUGCGUCAUGAUUUCGCCAGCACUUGAAUCGCUUCUACUGCUAUGCUAAGCAGUCGUGAACGAAAUUACGGCAGGGUAAAUUUUACAGUGGAAGACCACCAGAUGGACAUGCAACACAUACUUACAUAGCUUUUUCUAGUGGGACCGAAUUUACCAGUGCAAUACAUAGUACUACUUUGUGUUAUAUAGUUUGAUCCUCUUAUAAUUGAAGACAUGGUUGAUUUCCCGUGAA